AGAUGUGGGGGGGCGAUAAGGCUCUCCAAAAUUUCUGGGUUGCAGGAUGCCAUCAAGGUGCUGUUGUUUUGCUGGUGAAUUUAAUCAGUGACAAACUUGCGGCAAACAACAAAAGACGAAACUAUCGACUUUUUGAUCGGCGACAAAUCGGAUAGCAGCAAGGAUGGUCAGGAAACUCAAGUUUCAUGAGCAGAAGCUCUUGAAGAAGCAUGACUUUGUCAAUUACAAGCAGGAUAACAAGCAUCGGGAUCAUGAUGUUUCGAGGCGGUAUAUGAUUCAGAAGCCGGAGGAUUAUCACAAAUACAACAAGAUUUGUGGCUCUCUUCGGCAAUUGGCCCACCGUCUUAGUUUGCUUCCACCAGAUAACGAGGUCAGAAGAAAACACGAGACCCUUCUUCUGGACAAGCUCUAUGACAUGGGCAUUCUUUCGACCAAGUCAAAGCUGUCUAAUGUCGAGCACAAAGUCACAGUCUCAGCCCUUGCCAGACGGCGGUUACCAGUCGUCAUGACCAGAUUACGCAUGGCCGAGACCGUCCAGGCUGCCACCAAGAUGGUGGAGCAGGGCCAUGUCCGUGUUGGUGUUGAGCAAAUCCAAGAUCCCAGCUUCCUGGUGACGAGAAGCAUGGAGGACUUCGUCACCUGGACCGCUGACAGCAAGAUCAAGCGGAACAUCAUGAAGUACCGCGACAAGCUCGAUGAUUAUGAUCUGCUCUAG